CACUUAUCGAUACAUCGCUUAUUGCGGCAUCGAUACCUCAAGCCAAAACAAUUUUGUUAUUCUCCGUGCAUUUUCAGACAAAAUUAAAGAAAAUGGAAACAACUUCAGUGCAGAAGGUCAAACGCUCGUUUAAGCGUCCAUUUAUAUUUCCCAGAAACUGUGUUUACCGGCCGCUGCGACAGCUUCACAACAUUGAACGGAAUCAGAAGCUGCCGCCCGACCAGCCGACAUACUUCACGCUCAAUGCGCCGCCCUCACUCAUACCACCCAAGAAAUACUCGGAUAUAAGUGGGCUGCCAGCGCCAUAUGUCGAUCCCCACUCCAAACUGCGCUUCGCCAAUGCCGAGGAGUACGGCUCAAUGCAGCAAUUGCCAUCGGACAUCAUCAACGGCUACCUGACGUUGCGUGGCUUCACCAGCGCCGUCGGCUAGCAGCAGCAGUGAUGCCAACUUUAGAGCUAAAUGAAAAAAGCUAGUUUUACAUGAUCGAUAGGAGAGAAGCAAAAAGCUAAUUUGUUGUAGUUUCUUAACUACAUACAUAUAUAAAUUAAAUUAAGUUUUGUCAAUCAUAAAUUUAUAUGUUAUUAUUAUUUAUAUAUAUUAUAUAUAUUUUUUAAAUGCCAAUAAAGUAUUUAAGAGAAAAUGUAA